ACAGGAGUACAGCCUACAUUCGGGUGUUUGUGUUUACUUUUGGACAACUAACGUUAGGCUAUACUAACGCUAGCUUCCCCUGACAUCAGAUACUGGUCACACUAGCUAGUUUUACAUUCAUUUUUCCACAGACAUGUUUAGUUUUUUUGAAUUAGUAAUCCCGGAAGUUUGUGUGAAUGUGGGGUAGCUCAACUUCACUGGCGUUAUCAUAUCGUUUUUGCGAAACUGGAAUAACGUUAGCCUAUAACGUUAGAUGUGACAUAAUCGUAUACAUUAAGAUAACGGGAUUCUAGUCCACAAAAGAUAACGUUAUGCACGUUAAGUCGCAUUUACACAAGAGACGUUCAACGUGCAAGUGUUACUUAAAUGGUGUUAUUGCCAAUGGAAAGCGUAUCGAGGGUUGGGCUUCGUCUGACCCUAAAGCAAAGAUAUUUUCUCCUGCUGUGUUUUGCUGUUGGAGCGAUAAUUGCCUAUCAGUUUACAAGGAAUCGCCUUGAAGUAGAAAGAAUGAGCCGUGUGGAGGGUCUGAGGGCCAACUCGUCUCAGUUCACUCUGGAGAGAAAACCCUUCCACAUCCUGGGGGGGUCCAUCCAUUACUUCCGUGUCCCCAGAGGCUACUGGGAGGACCGGCUGCUAAAGAUGAAGGCCUGUGGCCUCAAUACUCUCACAACGUAUGUGCCGUGGAACCUGCAUGAGCCUGAGCGAGGGGUGUUCAACUUUGAGGAUCAGUUGGAUUUAGAAGCCUACCUCCGCCUUGCAGCCAGCUUGGGCCUCUGGGUGAUUCUACGUCCAGGGCCGUACAUCUGUGCUGAGUGGGAUUUAGGGGGACUACCCAGUUGGCUGCUACGGGAUCAAAACAUGAAACUAAGAACAACCUACCCAGGAUUCACUGCUGCAGUCAACUCCUUCUUUAAUCAACUCAUGAAGAAAGUUGUUCCACAUCAGUACUCCAAGGGUGGCCCAAUUAUAGCAGUUCAAGUGGAGAAUGAAUAUGGCUCCUUUGCUAAAGAUGAAGAUUACAUGCCUUUCAUGAAGGAGGCAUUAUUGUCAAGGGGCAUCACAGAGCUGCUGCUGACCUCAGACAACAGGGAAGGACUAAAGCGUGGCGGAGUGAAAGGAGCACUAGAAACCAUCAAUUUCCAGAAACUCAACCCGAAUGACAUCAAGUAUCUCGAUGGAAUACAACCUAACAAGCCUAAGCUGGUGAUGGAGUACUGGUCUGGCUGGUUCGAUCUUUGGGGGGACCUUCAUCAUGUGUACACAGCUGAGGACAUGAUACCUGUGGUCACAGAGAUCCUUAAACUGGACAUGUCUAUCAACCUCUACAUGUUCCACGGAGGGACAAAUUUUGGCUUCAUGAGUGGAGCGUUUGCUGUUGGAAUACCAGCACCUAAACCUAUGGUCACAAGCUACGAUUACGAUGCUCCAUUAUCCGAGGCUGGGGAUUACACCACCAAGUACCAUCUUCUGAGGAAUUUAUUCAGCCACUACCACGCCCAGCCUCUACCUGAACUGCCCUCUCAUCAGGAAAGGAGAGCGUACCAGCCUGUUGUCAUCCACCAGCACCUGUCUCUGUGGGACAGUCUGCAUUUCACUGACAAGCCUUUGAAGUCAGAGAGGCCGGUGAACAUGGAGAAUCUCCCUGUCAACAAUAACAAUGGUCAGUCUUACGGCUACACGCUGUAUGAGACCACCAUCACCAGCGAAGGAACCCUCAACUCAAAGAACAACAUCAGAGACAGAGCACUGGUUUUUGUGGACAAACAUUUUGUUGGUGUUCUGGAUUAUAAGACGCAAGAACUUGCACUCCCUGAUGGAAAGAAGGGAAAAAGAACUCUAAGUUUACUGGUUGAGAACUGUGGAAGAGUGAAUUAUGGGAAAACCCUGGAUGACCAGCGCAAAGGUCUUGUGGGAGAUAUCGAGUUAAACAAGCGCCCCCUCCGUGACUUCAUUAUUUGCAGUCUGGAUAUGAAGCCAGGCUUUGUAAACAGACUUGAGAGUUCAGGCCACUGGAUGUCUAUGCGUCAGCGGCCCUCCUUCCCAGGGUUUUUCCAGGCCAGACUCUAUGUGAACAGUUUUCCUAAAGACACUUUCAUCAAGCUCCCUGGCUGGAGUAAAGGUGUAGUGUUUAUCAACGGCAAGAAUCUGGGUCGCUACUGGUCCAUUGGUCCUCAGCAAACCCUCUACGUCCCAGGUCCCUGGCUUCACAAGGGGGACAACGAGGUCAUAGUGUUUGAAGAGCAGGAAACAGAUGGGAAGAUUCAGUUUGCCAGCAGUCCGGACUAUGGCAUGACUGUUGAUGUCCAGUGAGGACACGAGGCGAAAGGGGAGCGUGGAUGAAGAGAGGAGGAUGAUGGGAGAGUAGCUGGAGAGAACGCAAUUGAGGCGAUCGCACUAAGCUUCUUCGUAUACUCAGGCACUGACGCCCCCAAAAGUGGCACACAUCAGCCAGUGAACAUGUUAUUUUGUGUCCUAUCAGAAGACACCAACAAGGGCAGUGUUCCAGACCAGUUUUGGACCAUUGGACUGUGUUUGAUUAUAAUAAAGUGUUGUAAAAUAUCUUCCUCCCACAGUCUUAAUUUAUAAAUUGCAGGCUGUGUUAGAAGAACUGUGAAUAAAGGUGGGUUCGACCUCUGUCAGUGAGGCCAACAAAGCUUUAUUUAUCCUGCACACCAAGGGCCUGUUUGAUAUAACACUGGCUGCUUUUCAAAUUUACUUUCUCAUGAUAUGCUGUGAGCUCCUGAAUGUAAGUCAAGAACUGUGUUUGAAUAGCAUUUUUUGAAAACUCAUCUGUGGUGUGUAGUGCUAAUUAUUUUCUUUAAAGAUUGAUGCCACAGUAACAGUAGCUGUGCUGUCACAUUUGAAGACUAAGCAGUGUGUAUUAACCAAAUUGCAUUGUAACAUAGACUGUAGCAUUGUACGGUAUUGAUAGGUAAUCUAAAUGUGGUGUCAGGUUUCCUGUGGUGCUGAAAUCCUGGAUCCAUUUGCACUAGCUGUCCAGAUGAGAUCAAAGUUAGCCUAAUGAUCUACGGAAGUGAAAUAUUUAAGUGGAGAUUUAGGUAUUACUCAAAACAUUUGUCACCACAUACAGUAGUUCUUAUAUAGAAAUGAGCUGUUAAUAAUGUUGCAUUGUAGCUAACUGAACAACCAAACAUAACACACAUUUUUUAACAUUAAAAAGUAAAGUUAGCUCAAUGUAUGACCUGUUUAAAGCCUAAAAUGGUAUGUGGUCGACAUGUCUGACUUGACACUUUUUAAAUGCUGUUUAAUUAUUAUGUAAACUGGGAAGAUUUAAAAUAACAUUUCACACACUAUUUUACAUGCAAAACUUUACACCAGUAAUGUUAGACUAUUUGCGUUGGUUAGCUUAGCAUUAUUGGAUGUUUCCUACUUAUUGUAAAUGCAUGAAUGCUAUUAACACUGAAACCCAUAUUUCUCCAUGUAUGUAAUGUAUAUAUAAAUAAAACAAAGUCAUACAUACAAAGGAUUAGCACAUGCUUUUGGCUCAGCUAUCUUACUAGCUAGCUAGCUUUCGACAGCCUACUAAAGCCUAUAUUGGCCUACUAAAGUCUUUACUAGCUAAGAUGAUCCUUCUGUGUUAAUAGUGCAACCAGAUGUAGCUAGCUAGUAAAUCACUAUAGCUUGAAACCAGCUAGUUGUUACUAAUAACUUAUGGAGGACUGGACACCAGCUUUAUAAAACCACUGGUGAAUUCAGGAAAAUAUCCAGUGUCAGAUGUUCUAAACAUACAUAGUCCUACAGCACACAGUGUAAAGACGUCCAGUGUACAGACACAAUACUCCAGCACAGGUGAGGUUCUUCUCAGUUAUUUAUUUCUUGAUUCGACUAACAUCUUUCUCUGAGACAGAAUUGCUGUGGCAAAUAAACAACCUAAGAGUCACAUGCAUAAAAUGUGAAUCACAUGAGGCUGGGGGAUGACAGUGGAGAUGAGGAAAAGAGAGGACUUAUGUAAAGUGUAUUGUGCCUUAGAGAAGCCCAUCAGAGGGUAAUGCUCAUUAACUGACAUUAAAUACGGAAUAAACUGCACUGCUAAAGUUGUUUCUAGUAGACUAAUUCUUUGUUAGUAUUAGAUAUUGCUUGAUACGUCAUCUGUCUUUAAGGGUGAAGCCCUUUUGAGUUGUUCUGCUGCUUUAGGACACACAACAGAGAGUAACAUCACAUAAUCUUAUUCAACCAAUCCAAUCACAUGAUAUGCUGACCUGUACGCCACAUCACGUUUGUUUGCCUGCAUCUUUACAAGAGCGACGUUCAGAAGAUGAGAGCGGGAAUUUAGUUUCAGUUCAGUUAAAUUAUAUACAACAUACUCAAUUUCCAGAAACCCUGUAGUGUUCAAAUUAAGUCUUUCACACACUAGUGUUUUUUUCCAUUUUGGAUUCUUAAUUUGUU